ACUACUAUACUAACUUUGCUGCAUCAAGCUCUACCGAGACCUUGUUGGUGCAGUAGCGCGAUACGGAGUGCGUUCCUGGGGGACAAGGCUAGGGAUCCAUUUGACUUUACUAUUACUACCUUACCAUUCGAGCAUUUUCUUAUUUCUUGACCGCCUUCUCGACGACACGCAUUAAGACGCGGUGUGCCGUACGGCUGUUUUUCCUUCCCUUAAACAUUACUAUCCUAUUCGGUGUUAUUAUCCUCGGUCGGAGCUGAACCGCAGAAGCAAGAAGGAAGAGAGAAAAAAUUUCCUCCUGCACGUCAAAUUAUUAUUUCAUGCUCUUAUCACCACGUUUUUUUUCACCUUCGUCUUCACCGCUCUACGCCGACGGGUAGACUAGUACGCGAUAUUCCAAGAGAACGGGAGACCCACGGUCCCAGUUGCCGUCAUGACUCCAUCCAGCCCUGUGAAAGUGGUGCUUUUAGACAUUGAGGGCACAGUUUGUCCAAUCUCCUUUGUCAAAGAUGUACUGUUCCCCUACGCACUAAGUGUUCUCCCGGAGACAUUGAAAACCCAAUGGGAUAGUCCAGACUUUGCAAAGUAUAGAGACGCGUUUCCAUCGGAAUAUUCCUCGUCUAAGGAUGCGCUAGAAGCACAUGUCAGGGACCUUAUGGAAAAAGAUGUAAAAAUCUCCUAUCUCAAAAGCCUCCAGGGCUACCUAUGGGCGGAGGGCUACGCCUCAGGUGACUUGAAAGCCCCUCUAUUCCCGGAUGUUGCCGCGAAGCUAUCGGAAUGGCAACGCAAGGGCCUCAAGAUAAUGAUCUAUUCGUCUGGGUCUGUGGCGGCACAGAAGCUGUUCUUCGGGCAUACAGAUGCCUCCCCGUCCGAUCUGACACCGCAGAUCUCAGACUGGUUUGACACCGUCAACGCCGGGCUCAAGACGGAGACGGAUAGCUACAAGAAAAUCGCCAAUGAGCAUCCCGAGUUUCCGCCUGGAGAGUGGCUAUUCCUAAGUGAUAACGUUAAGGAAGUGGAGGCUGCUAUUCGAGCUGACAUGCAGAGCGUGGUCGUUCAGCGUCCUGGAAAUGCACCUUUAUCGUCUGAGGUACCACAGCGGUUACGAGUCAUAGAUACCUUUGAUUCCCUCGACGAUGAUCUAAACGUGCGCAUGAAGUAACUGGCCGCACGAGA